UGCCUUCCGGCUAUGCUCAGUUCCCUCCGGCCAGUCCCUCGUUGCGCGCCCAUUUCGAGCCCGAAUGUCAAGCUCGACUUUGGGGACCUGAGAAUCCCGCACGUAUUUUCCAGGACUAGAUUCUUGGCUAUGCGGGCAGGAAUGGCGCAGCUGGAGGGUUACUAUUUCUCGGCAGCCCUGAGCUGUACCUUUUUAGUGUCCUGCCUCCUUUUCUCUGCUUUCAGCCGGGCGCUGCGAGAGCCCUACAUGGACGAGAUCUUCCACCUGCCGCAGGCACAACGCUACUGUGAGGGCCAUUUCUCCCUCUCGCAGUGGGACCCCAUGAUUACUACAUUACCUGGCUUAUACCUUCUGUCAGUUGGAGUGGUCAAACCUGCCAGUUGGAUCUUCGGAUGGUCAGAACACGUUGUCUGCUCCAUUGGAAUGCUCAGAUUUGUUAAUCUUCUCUUCAGUGUUGGCAACUUCUAUUUACUAUAUUUGCUUCUCCACAAGGUGCAACCCAGGCACAAGGCUGCCUCAAGUAUCCAGAGAAUCUUGUCAACAUUAACAUUAGCAGUAUUUCCCACGCUCUAUUUUUUUAACUUCCUUUAUUAUACAGAAGCAGGAUCCAUGUUUUUUACUCUUUUUGCCUACUUGAUGUGUCUUUAUGGAAAUCAUAAAACUUCAGCCUUGCUUGGAUUUUGUGGCUUCAUGUUUCGUCAAACAAAUAUCAUCUGGGCUAUCUUCUGCGCAGGAAACGUCAUUGCACAAAAGUUGACUGAAGCUUGGAAAACCGAGCUACAAAAGAAGAAAGAAGAGAAGCUUCCCUCUAUUAAAGGACCAUUUUCAGAAUUCAGGAAAAUUCUUCAGUUCCUUUUGGCUUAUUCCAUGUCCUUUAAGAACUUGAGUAUGCUUUUCCUUUUGACUUGGCCCUACAUCCUUCUAAUGUUUCUGUUUUGUGCUUUUGUGGUAGUUAAUGGUGGAAUUGUUAUUGGUGACCGGAGUAGUCAUGAAGCCUGCCUACACUUUCCUCAGCUAUUCUACUUUUUCUCUUUUACUCUCUUUUUUUCCUUUCCUCACCUACUGUCUCUUAAGAAAAUCAGGUCUUUUCUUUGCUUAGUUUGGAAACGGAGAAUUCAGUUUUUUGUGAUUACUUUAGUCUCCAUAUUUUUAGUUUGGAAAUUUACUUAUGCUCAUAAAUACUUGCUAGCAGAUAAUAGACAUUAUACAUUCUAUGUGUGGAAAAGAGUUUUUCAAAGAUAUGAAAUUGUGAAAUAUUUGUUAGUUCCAGUUUAUAUAUUUGCCGGUUGGAGUAUCGCUGACUCAUUGAAAUCAAAGUCGAUAUUCUGGAAUUUAAUGUUUUUCAUAUGCUUAUUCACCGUUAUAGUACCUCAGAAACUGCUAGAAUUUCGUUACUUCAUUUUACCCUAUGUUAUUUAUAGGCUUAACAUACCUCUGCCACCUACAUCCAGACUUGUUUGUGAGCUGGGUUGCUAUGCAGUUGUGAAUUUCCUAACUUUUUAUAUCUUUCUGAAUAAGACUUUUCAGUGGCCAAAUAGUCAGGACAUUCAGAGGUUUAUGUGGUAAUAUCAGAAACAUCUUGAACUCUAAAAAUAGACUUAUUAUUUAGACUAUUUCCAUAAUGAAAACUACGUAGAAAUUUUUAAAUUUCUUUUAGGCACCAUGGUGAUCCGCAGAUCACAUCAGAUUUUUUGUGCUUUAAAUAUCAGAAAUAUGUAUUUUAAAUAUAUAUAUGUGAAAUAUGUAUAUAUAUAUAUACAUAUAUAUAUGUAUAUCUAUCUAUGACCCAAGGAAGUUAAAUGGUAAAGAACUGAGAAAAGUUUAAGACUUGCUCCAUAAGCCUGAAUAAUGAUGGGAAAGUAAAAUUAUUCAUAGCUAUCUCAUGAUAUUUCUUUGAUACUGUUGGCCACUCAAAAAGCUUGGAAACUUUGGUAUACAAGUUUAUUUAUUAAUUCUCUUCAGAAAAAGUAGCAAAGUCUUUAAAAAUAUUUACAAAUGAUUAGGUAAUAUUAUUGAUUGAAAAGUUGUUUAACAUUUUAGUAAAUAUAAUUUCAAUCAUAAGGUAAAAUAGACUCAUAUAGAUAGUAAAUGUUAUAAAAUAGAGGCUCUUCUGUGUUUAUCUAGGAAUCAAGUUGUUGAUUUUUAUUAAAAAUCUAGAAAUUAUGAAGUCCUUUCACCGUUCCUAAUAUGAAAUAUAUCAUGGGCAAAGAUAAAUUGUGUUGAUAAUAAUACCUUUUAAAAGGGCUUUUCUGUCUGAAAUACACUACUUUAUCAGUUUCCUUUGGCUGCCAUAACAAAUUACCACAAGUUUGGUGGCUUAAAAAAAAUUUCAGAACUCUGGAGGCUGGAAGCCUAAAAUUAAGAUGUCAGCAGUGUUAGUUGCUUUUGGAGGCUGUAAAAGAGAAUCCAUUCCAUGCUUCUCUCCUACCUUCUGCAGUCCAUGGUGUUCCUUGGUUUAUAGAUGUAUCACUCCAGUAUCUGCCUUUGUCUUCACAUGGCCUUCCUCCCAUCUUCCUUCUCUUACAAGGACAAUGUCUGUGGAUUUAGGGCCCACCCUAAUCCAGGAUAAUUGCGUGUCCAGAUCUUUAACUUAAUUAUGUCUACAAAGGCUCUUUUUCCAUAUAAGGUCAUAUUUACAGGUUCCAAGUUGACCUAUCUUUUUGUGGGGCACUUUUUAACCCACCAAAGUUACCAAAGGAGAUUUUACAAUAAAUUUCAUAAAACUUGUAGGAAAUAAAUUUUUGAUGAGAUAUUUUAAAUAAAAUUGCAUCUUUUCAGAGAGGUUAAAAACAAGUGACUUGCAGGGUCACAUAAUUAUAAAACUAAAAGUAACUGGUAUUUGCUUCCAUUAUCCAAAAAACGUUAGAAUUUAAAGGAAGUUUAGAAAUUAUUUGAUCUAGUCUUAUUUUGUAGAUUAGGGAACAAGUGCUUGGGUAGGAUUUGGGGGGAUUAAUUUUGGAUUCUGUGUCUGCUAUUUGGAGUACAUUCAUUGGGUUGUCAUUCCCUUACAGAGAAGUAUUAUUUGGAUAUGCUAACAUUGACAUGUAAACUUGGAACUGUAACUAGAAUUCAUUUUUUAAUCCAGUUUUACAUUUGUAAACUUUUCAGUAACUGUGUGAACUGUCUUAAGUGUUGGAUUAUGCUUUCUCUGGGUUUUAAAUAAUGAGUGGAUUUGGAAGGUACUGUUCAUUUGCAAAUAUAAAAUUAUGCACAGGUAAAAAUACAAGUGUAGUCUUGAGUAAUAAAUGCAAAGUCUUUGGUUUUACACACUCUUUGGGGCCAAGCUGUACUCUAUUUAGUGCUUAGAAAGUAGAUUGACUCUUUAGUUAUAACAGUAACUGUAGGACAAAUGUUUUUACCGAAACUUUUUUUUAAUUAGACAAGAAAGCACACUCAAAUAAUUAUUUUAUAAUGGAGAUAUGAAGUCAAAAUUCUCCCCCAAAUGUGCAAUUUAGGAAAAACAAAUUUCUUAUCUGAUGCCAUUGGUGCAAGGCUUUUGUUUUUUAGGCAUAUUUCUGAGACAAAAAAAACCCUUUUUCUCUCUAGUCUGGCAAGAAGGAGGAAACUAUUCUACUCCAUGUAUUAAAGGAAUCAUUGUUCUAAUUCAUUUUUAAGUGUUGAGUCCCUGCCCUUUUAAGAGAUCUUUUGGAAUGCUGUGAAUUAAAAGGUGCUCUACAGAGCUGCUUUUAGAAACAUCCUGAGGUUAUAUGUGUUUUGAAUAUUUUUCAAGAGUUACCAAAUAGAUAUGUUUGAUAUUAUUUUUUAAAAAAUUAGACUUAAUGAUUAGGAGGUAAUUCUUAAAAAAAAAAAAAAGUAUUGAUAAGCUAGAGACCCUGUGGGGCCUUGCAGUUAUUGUUAUUAAAGUCUGUAAAUAGGUUUUUGGGGUUUUUUUGUUUUUUGCGGUACGCGGGCCUCUCACUGUUGUGGCCUCCCCCGUUGCGGAGCACAGGCACCGGACGCACAGGCUCAGCGGCCAUGGCUCACGGGCCCAGCUGCUCCGCGGCAUGUGGGAUCUUCCCGGACCGGGGCAUGAACCCGUGUUCCCUGCAUCGGCAGGCGAACUCUCAACCACUGCGCCACCAGGGAAGCCCUAAAUGGGGUUAUUUUAAAGAAUAUCAUAAAAAGAUUUGGUCUGUAAGUUUUUUAGGCCCAGUAAUAUAUCUUUUUGGACUUUUUCUACCUUGUAUGAAAUUCUGUAGAUACAGAGUAUUAUCUUUAUAUAGCAUUAGUAAGGUUCCAAUGUGUUGUGUUUCCUCACAUUUAUAUUUUCUUUUAGUGGAUACCUAGAAAUCUUUUCUAAUGCAUCUAUGUAUGUAAAUUAUUUGGAAAUAUUGAUACAGUCAUUCCUCAGUUUAAGCAUAGCAUGUCAUUUUGGCAAGAGAAAUUAUGUUAGCUUUCUGGUCUCUUCCUCCUUCUUCUUAGAGUUAUUUCAGGAAUGUGCUUAACCUGUCACAACGUACCUUAAUAAAAAUGGCUUAAUUCAGUUUAUUUCUAAUAAAUAAAUAAUGUAGUGUAUUUCUAGUUUGAAUUCAACCGCCACUGGGCUUGACAUUUUUUUUUCUUUAUAAUUGUCUGACGACCAGGAAAGGAAAAGAAAAGAGAUACUCAAUUUUUAUCUGUACCCUUUAAAUAGUGGACUAUUACUUUAGGCUCACUUUCAAGUAAAAUAUUUCUAUAAAGAAAUCAAUUCAAGUUCAUUAGGUUAGAGAGCAUUUAUUAUUUUAAAAAUAAUUAGAAUUGCAUUAAAAAGUAAAACAAGAAAGAAGCAUCAUGCAAAUAAUAUGAAUAAGUUUUUUUUAAUGGAAAUUUAAAUAUGACUUAACCAUGGACUAGAAAAAGCAUAGGAGUUCUGUAUUUGAUUGUGGUUUUGGAAUCGAUAAAGCAAGUGGUUUAACCUUUGGUCCUCCUUUCAAAUGGGAAUAGUAUUUGUCUUAAGUCAGUGCCAUCUAGCCUUAUUUCAAAAAGAACUCAACCCCUGCUGUAUAUCCAUAAAGUUCAUAAAUAUGUCAUAUAAUAAAUAUUGAGUAAAUGUAUGCUGAAUGAAGUUUUUUUAGUAUGGAAUGAAGUGAACAUCCUAGAAGAAGUAUGAUAUAUAACCAUAAACUAAUUUCAGGAAAUAAAUCACAUAUUUGAUAAUGAGACAUUCUAACCCUUUUGUGCCUAAGUUUCCUGACCUAGUUUUAAAAUUUUUAAUUUACUCUAGUGUUUUAUACUUACACAUGUAUUUACUUGAAAAUAUAUGUUGUUUUUCUAAUAGGAAGUGAUUUCAAAACUAUUGCUGUUUAUUUAAAAUAAGAAAAAUAAGUUACUAUCGACCAUUAUAAUAGCAGCAAAAUUCUUGAUCAUUAUCAAACUUUUAAGGGCAAAGAGAUUUCAACCAAUUAUGAAUAGUUUAUGUUGUUUUACUUAUGCUGAAUUUUGCUACUUUAGGGAUAACUGUUAUUUAGGGUACUUUUUAAUGUAUUUAAAUGUUGACAACAAGACAACAUGUCCAAUAUACUAAAACCUGUAUAGCUGAGAAAAUUAUAAAAAAUGGAUAAAUGGAGGAUAUAUUUGUUAACACGUAUUCCUAAAUCCAACACUAAAUUCUUUACUAUUUGGAAAUUAUUUCUAGGAUAAGAAAUUUUGUCACAGUGAAGUAAUCCAAAAUAUUCUUAUAUUGUGCUUUUUAAAAAAUGAGCAUUUGAUGAAUUUAAUAUUACUUUAAUUUGAACUCUGCACCACCAUCAGACCAAUAGAGAUACUGUAUUUUUCUGGUGAGAAAAAUAUUACACAUUGCAUUGAUUUUUCACUGAAACGUAAGUCAUUUCAGUUCAGUUGAACCAUAUAUGUGUGUGUAUGGCAUAUGCUAAAUGAAGAAGAGGGAGGAAAAGUAAUAAUAAUUGCUGUUAUUUAUUGAGCACCUAUAGUGUGCUAGGCAUUAUACUGGCUGAUUUACAAAUACUGUCUCAUUUGAUCUUAUUUAUAUGAGGCAGAUGUUGAUUUCUGUUUGACUGCUGGAGAAACUAAAAGUCAAACACAUCAGGUAACUUGCAUCAGUCAACUACUUAAUAACACAGAUUGGUCUGACUUCCGAGCCUUGAGUUUUUGGCUGCUACUCUGCCUCACCAUGAAAGUUUUUCCUUAAGAGAAGUAGAAUAUGGAGAGAGAGGUGGUAAUCUGUCCUUGCUCUUCAAUAGCCAGCCCAUUCAUGGCAUAUUAUUUUUUAUAUUGGAUGCAGUCAUUUUUAGAAAUGAUAGAACUGUUUAAAGGAGCAUGAACAGAUGAUGAGUGUUUAUAGUUCUGUUGAAGAGAAAUAGCUAAAAGGAUAUAUAGAUGUUUAACUUGGAAGAGCAGAGAUCCCAUAACUUUGUAAGAUCUCAUAGUUGAGGAAUAAUUCUUUGGAAGGAUUGGACUAUUCACACCUGUAAAUCAAAGGCCAACAGAUUUCAACUCAUGAAAAACAUACAUUUUCUAAUUGUUUAGUCUUUGCAGGGGAACGGGCCCAGAAAAAAAGUAAGUUUACCUAUACUUUCUGGAGCCAAGAUUCUAUUUAUCAAGGAUGCUUCAGAAGAGAUUCAGAUAGCAAGUAGGUAGAAUAAAAUGGCUUUUUAAGAUAACUUACAACACUGUGGUUUGAAAUUCCUAAGUUUUUUAUGGGUAAUAUUUUCUGCAUUAAUUGCGAAGUCAUGGUGAAGUAUAUCUGGUGGCUUGUACGGUGACUGACAUUUUAAAUUUCUGGAAAAAAAACUUUUAACUCUGUUCCCUUGUUUUAGAAACAAAUUCGAGAUACAGACUUAGUAUGAGGUAUUUUAGCUAUAGUGCUGGACAGUACUGCUAUUAAAAUAAUUUAUUUUCUAUUUUGUAAUACCCGUUACAUUUGUGAACAGAAUGUGCUUUUAUUUGAAAAGGCUUUUCGCCUUACAAAUAAGUAGGGCAAGCACCAUCUGUAAGAUUUUUUAAUGCAGUAUCCACUAGGUGGUGAUACUGUGCUACAUUUCCAGGUGUUUUUGUACUUAAACUUAUUGUCUGAGUUAACUUUUCUCUAGAGUUUUAAGUUUUGGUCCACAAAGUAUUUUAUAGCAUCCAUGUCUGUUUAUUAAAAUAUUUUUUAAAAUGUUUCCCGAAUUGUAUGAAGCUAAGGUAAAUGUUUAAAAAGUAAUUUUUGUGUUUUGUAUUCAUAUAUUUGGUGAUCUAACCUAAUAUAUCUUCCCAUAUGACAUUCAUUUCCUCAUAUGGCAUAGUCAAGAUCCCUUCCCAUAAGCAGUGAAUGAUGGUGAUGACAGAUUUGAAAACUUAUAUACAUUGUAUCAGUCACUGUUUUAAGUGCUUUACCCACAUUAUCUUGUUUAUGCCUCAUAACAACUCUGUGGAUCAGUACUGUUGUUAAUAGCCCCACUCUACACAUUAGGAAACUGAGUAGAGUUUAAGUAUUUUGUCCAAGAUCACAAAAUAACUGGCUGAGCUGGGAUUCAAACCUGGGCAAGCCGACUCCAGAAUCCAUGUUAAUUACUAUCAAUUGGUGGGGGGAUGUAGGGGACAGGAGGAAGGGCACAAAGUCUGCCUUCAAAUAUGUAGCAUUUUAGAAAGAGAAAUAAUCAUGGAGGAUGUGGUUAUACUCCUUUAUAGAUCAGGAAAAUGAAGUCUACGUUAAUUUUGGCUCUUCCAGAGGCAGAUAAUCUUCCAUCUGCUAUCGUGUCUUCCAUUUCUCUUUUUGAUGGUGCUUCAAAGUGAUAUGUAUGUGUACUAGUGAAUUUAAUGGAGAAAAAAGAAAACUCAGGAUUGGCGUCUUUAGCCAUAUUAAUUUACAUUGAAGUAAAGAUCUGUGUUUUAAUCGGAAUGAUUCCAGCAACCAAAUGGGGGAGCAUAGUUGUUUGAAAAUUGAUACUUAGUUUCUCCAAGGAGACUCCUAUUUGGAAGCAAACUGUUGGUUAAACAUGGCAUACUUCGGAAUUUUUCAAAACAAUUUGGCUGGAAAAGUUUGAUCUUUUAAAAAAAUCUAUCAAUAUAUAUUCUAGAUGCUUUUAAGUUUUGUUUUUGUCAGAUACCAUUCUGUAAAAUGUUUUUUACUUCUAAAAUUAUGUUGUGGUUCAUGUCAUUUAAAACUGAUUUUUAAGUAAUCCUGUUCUUUAUAAGAAUGAAAGAUAGGCCUUUUUAAAAAGUUUGUUCAAAUAUUAUAGUUUCAUUUUGUUUGUAAAUAAAUUCAUGUUUUAUAAUA